AUCACGGCUUCUGCGCCCUCUGGUGAACACCAAAAUGGCCUCUAAAAUUUUCAAAACGAUUCCUAUUCUGGCUCAACGACAGGCUAUGUUUGGCUCCAUCACUCCCAGGCUGAGCUUUGCAUAUACAACUGAUAAGAAAACAACAACCACAAAGAAAGCAACAACUAAGACAGAACCUAAACCUAAAUCAGCUAGUAAGUCUACAAAAUUAAAUAAACUAAAUCCCGAAAGCCCCAAAGUCAAAGCAAAACCAAAAGUUGGAAAAGUUAAGUUAGAAUCAGCCAAUAAACAACAGGCAUAUGUAGGGAUGCCUAAGAUCAAAGAACAAAGUGAAGUUGGUAGUCCAAAAGCAGAGACUGCAAGUGUUGGUAGUGUUAAAAUUGAUAGUUCAAGUAUUCAACAAGUGAAGAAACAGGCAGUUGAUGUGAGUGAACCUAAACAUGAAUCGUUAAGUAUUGGUGAGGUCAAAGUUGACCCAACAAGUGUUGAACAAGCUAAAAAACAAGCGGUUGAUCUUAGUGAGCCCAAAGCUGACAUUUCAUCAGUUGGUUAUGUCAAAAUUGAUGCAAUAGGUAUAGAACAAGCUAAACGAAAAGCAGUUGAUAUAAGUGAACCUAGAAUGGAACAUUCUGAAGUUUCAACUCCUCGAACUGAUCCAAAAGCCCUAGGGACUGUUAAAAAAGAUGCUAGAAGUGUUGAACAGGUAGUGCCACCAGAGAGUCAUGUUGCAGAACCCAUUGUUGAACAUUCUAAGAUCAUUGAGCGAGUAAUCCCUACUUCUACCAUUGGGCAGGUUAAGAAGGAUGUCACUGAUGUUGUAAACAAGGCAGAUCCCAUCAAUGUAAAGAAACCUAAGGUAGAAGUGACAGACACAGGUAAUGACAGUGAUUCUUCAAGUUCCUCAAGUGACUCUGAUUCCUCAAGUGACUCAGAUUCAUCUGAUGAUGAAAAGGAUGUCACAAAAUCUGCUGAAAAACACACUACAGUUACUGAUAAAACAGAUGGUACAGAUUCUAUAAAGGCAGCUCCGGGCAAAACAACUAGCCCUGUCAAUGAAAUGUGGGGCUUUGGUGCUGUGGAUGAACCUGGUUCUGCUGGUGAUGUGAGCAAACUUGCAUCAAUUGAUACUGUGGAUGAAUCUGACACCGCUGGUAAUGUGCGGAAAUUUGGAACCACUGGUGUUGUUAGUAAACAUGAUACAACUGGUACUGCGGAUGGGGCUGGUACGAUUGGUGCUAUUAGUGAAGCUAAUGAAACUAUGACCUCUGCUGUUGAAACAGAUGUCUCGAAUGAACUAAACAAACAUUCUCCACCUGAAAGUAAAUCUGUUGGUGCUAUGGAAACUGAGAAAUCCAAUGAAGUUUUUGAAACAGCUGGUGCUGAUACCACAGGUCCAAAGAAAAAGGACACCACAGUUCUAAAUGAAAAUGACACCACAGUUUCAAAUGCUGACAAUACAACAUACAAAGUUCCGGAAUACUCCCAGCACCAAACAAUGUCAUUUGUUGAUCUUGAAGUUGACAUGCUACAAUAUAGACAGAAACAACCAAAUCCGAAAUCAAAAAAGUAGUAAUAUGACAAUUUAGAAUGGGGGAGGGGGUUCUAUUAGAAUAUCACAUUCAUAAGACUGAUAGACCCCCCCCUAACUUUUCUAGGAUAUUUAAAUGCAAGAUAGAACAUGGAGUUGAACUACCAAAAAAGAGCCAAAUCCAAAAAACUCUAAAGCCUGUCAAUUGUGGGAAUUUAGUUACUUUUGAAGAUGGUAACACUACA